GGCGCGGUGCACGGUGGGCGCCGUAGUCCGCCGGCGCGCGCGCUCCGACUGCGAGGAGGACGAGAAGGAGGAGGACGGCGAGGAUGCGGGCGCUGCUUCCCCCGCCGCUCUGGGCCUGGCUGGCGCUGAGCUCCGCCGCGCGGCUCCUGGUCUCCGCCCAGGCCGGGGGGGCCGGACGCUACUCGCGCGAGGCCAACGACCCCGCCCCUCCCGCCGCCGCCGAGUUCCGCGUGGCCAAGCUCGACCAGCUCUGGGGCAAGGCCCGCCGGCUCCAUCUCUCUGCUGUGAAACUGGCCGAGCUGCACAGCGACCUCAAGAUUCAAGAGAAGGAUGAGCUGAGUUGGAAGAAACUGAAGGCCGAAGGGCUGGACGAAGAUGGGGAGAAAGAAGCCAGACUCCGGCGCAGCCUGCACGUAAUUAUGGCGAAGUACGGCCUGGACGGGAAGAAGGAUGCUCAGCUGGGGGACACCAACUACAUCAAGGGUGGUCUGGAGAAUGACGUGCUGGAUGACCCCCGACUGGAGAAGCUGUGGAGCAAGGCCAAGGCCUCAGAGAAGUUCUCUGCGGAGGAGCUGGAGAAGCUGUGGAGGGAGUUCAAGCACCACAAGGAGAAGGUUCACGACUACCACCUCUUGCUGGAGACCGUGAGUCGUACCGAAGAUAUCUCCAAAAACGUGAUUGACCCCCUGGAGGAGGAGGAGGCGCUGAAGGAGGAGCUGCUGCACCAGAAGCACCGGGAGCUGAAGGAGAAGAUGCAGAGCAUCAACCAGGGCUUCGAGCGGCUGCGCAGAGUCAGCCACCAGGGCUACGAUGCCUCCAGCGAAUUCGAGGAGCCCAGAGUGACUGACCUGUGGGAUAUGGCAAAACUGGGCAAUUUUACGGAGCAGGAACUGGAAUCGCUUCGGGAGGAGCUGAAGCACUUUGAGGCCAAAGUGGAAAAGCACCAUCACUACCAGAAGCAGCUGGAGCUCUCCCACGAGAAGCUGAAGCACGUGGAAGGGACCGGCGAGAAGGAGCAGCUGAGCAGGAGCCAGGAGAAGUACGCCGUCCUGGAAGAGAAGACCAAGGAGCUGGGGUACAAGGUCAAGAAGCACCUGCAGGAUUUGUCCGGCCGAAUCUCCCGAGGGCUUCAGCACAACGAGCUCUGAGACGCUUUGCCGAGGUUCUCACGGCUCCUGCCUGCCUGCCUGCCUGCACCGGGGCAGGGGGGGGGGGGCAAACAGCGGGGCUGGAUCCAUGGGCUGCGUGGAACGGCUGGAAGUCCUGAGGCCACACCUGGCUGUGCUGGGGGAGGGUGUUCUCCCCCCCCCAAAAAAAUAAUAAUCAUGUAUUUUAAUCACAUUCUUGAUUAAUGUGACAACGGUCCACCUUGUAUGUAACAGUUUUUCCAACAUGUUAUGUUGUCUAAUGUCUGCAUCCAACGCAAGCCUUUGAAACGGAGAGGCUCUUCAGAGAGAGAGAGAG